UCCUGCUUCACAGCGGUACCUUGUAGCGCUUUGAAGGUGAAGCUCGCCUGUCUCUCCGCUGCAGCCUAUCGGUGAGGUACUGAACAAGAACGACUCUCUCCCCUUCUCCUGCUCUGUACCGGGAUCCGUUAUAAUCAUGUCUAUAUUCGCCGAAGUACCUCAAGCCCCUCCAGUGGCCGUUUUUAAACUGACUGCKGAUUUCAGAGAGGACACUCACGCGCAGAAGGUGAAUUUGGGAGUCGGAGCCUACCGUACAGAUGACUGUCUACCGUGGGUCCUGCCCGUAGUGAAGAAGGUAGAGAAGAUGAUAGUGGAGGACAACAGUCUGAACCACGAGUAUCUUCCCAUCCUGGGUCUCCCUGAGCUCCGCUCUGCUGCCUCCAAGGUGGCCCUGGGCGAUGACAGCCCCGCCAUCAAGGACGGAAGGGUAGGUAGCAGGGAGGGACACAUGUAUAUACAUAGACACAUACCAGAGUUGGGCAGAAUUGAAUUGAGAAUGCCUCAGAAAUUCCCAUAA